AUGGGUAAGUGUCUAACUAUUGUCAAGCUAAUUGGUAUCGGCUCUUUGGGUUUAUCCAGUGCAGCAUUUCUUGUCUCCAAUUACAAAUUGGUUCCAGAUGUCUUGAAGGUAUCAUCCUCUUCCGUGGAGACUCUAAAGAACAAAGCAUCAAAGCUUAUUACGGUUUUACGUUUGCAGUUUUGGUCUCUUGGCUCUCUGUCAACCUUUUUAUUCUACCAAGCUUUUUCUCACUCUCCUAGUUAUGGUAAACACCCAUACUUGAUUUACUCUGCAUUGGCUUUCCCAAUUGCAUUAGCUUAUAACUACUACUUCACAUUUAGUGACGAGCAGAAAUUGAUUGCCGAUGCAGAGGAGAAGAUCAUCUAUAAAACUGAGACCAAAUUAGUCAAGGAGGCUGUGCAGCAAGAGGAGGAGAACUCCCCAUUAGACAAUUCUGUUUAUAACGAUCUGGGUUCUAAAUCUCCAAAAUUUGAAGAAAAGGAAGUUUCGGUGCAGGUUCCACAUGUCUCCAAGGUUGAAUUAAGUGAAACCACAUAUAAGGACAUCUUGAAAUCUCUUUCAAACUCUUACAAUGUCACCAGUGCUAUUCUCGGUGCAGGGUUUCUUCUUGCCUCAGUUGGUUACUUUGGCGAUAAUUUGAAAUAA